UAAACUUGAACGAGGCGCCGAAGCCUCCCCGAGGUCCCUGCCCUGGGGACUCUGACCCCGCGUAGGAUCGGGGAGGGGAAGCGGAGGCAGGCGGUGCCGAGCAGCCCCGCAGCCGCUGGGACAGAGCCGGGGAGCAGCGGGGCAGGAUGGAGCCCACCGUGGAGCUGGCAGAUGACCCCAGGUUCCCCCGCUCGCUGGUGGAGAUGCUGAUAACCAACUUCAGCGUGCCGGCAGCCUGCUUCUCCCUGCCGCCCACCUCCCGGCAGCUGCUGCAGGAGCUGGACAUGGUCCAACUCUCCAUCAUGGGCCUGGCCACCAUCCUGACGCUGGUGUCGGUCGCCAUCUACGUGGAAGAGGCCAUCUACCUCACCCACAAGAUCCGCUGCCCCAUCAAGAUGAAGACCCUCCGCUGGAGCAGCUCGGCCCCCACGGUCGUGGCCGUGUUCAGCUGCUUCGGGCUGUGGAUCCCACGCUCCAUGAUGGUGGUGGAGAUGGCGACCACGAUGUACUUCGCCAUCUGCUUCUACCUCCUGAUGCUGGUCAUGGUGGAGGGCUUUGGGGGCAAGGAGGCGGUGCUCAGCACCCUGAAGGACGUGCCCAUGGUGCUCAACACCGGGCCCUGCUGCUGCUGCUGCCCCUGCCUGCCCCGAAUCACCAUGAGCAGGAACAAGCUGCGGUUGCUGAUGCUGGGGACUUUCCAGUACGCCUUCUUGAGGACGGCUGCCGUCUUCCUGGGGCUGGUGCUGUCUGCUGACGGGAACUACAACCCCGCUGAUAUCUCGGCGGAGAGCGUGGCGCUCUGGAUCAACACCGUCGUCGGUGCCUCCACCCUCUUCGGGCUGUGGGCUCUGGGCAUCCUCUUCCGGCAGGCCCGGCUGCAUCUGGCGGAACAGAACAUGCAGGCCAAGUUCACCUGCUUCCAGGUUCUCCUCGUCCUGACGGCGCUGCAGCCCGCCAUCUUCAGUAUCCUGGCCAACAACGGCAACAUCGCCUGCUCGCCGCCCUUCUCCUCCAAGGCCAGGUCGCAGCAGAUGAACAUGCAGCUGUUAAUCCCGCAGACCUUCAUCCUGGCCGUGGUGACGCGGAUGUACUACCGCAAGCAGGACGACAAGCCGGGCUACCAGCCCUUCAACAUCAUGCCCGCCAGCAGCAACGCCAAGGUGUGAGCAGGGGGAGCACAGGAGGGUGCGAGGGGCAGAGCCCGGGGUGCUGCCCGCCCUGCACAGCCACCUCCUCCUCCUGCGGCCCUGGGAAGCUGCUGGGAGCACAGGCAGCAGAGGGGGAAAGGGUAUGUCAGCGGAGGGUGACAGGGUCUGAAACCUGAAGGCCACGAGACAGAGGGAGCUGUGAAGCAGCCGUCCAGCCCCAGGGGGGGCUCUUGUCUUGCACUGAAUAAAGGUAACUCUGUACGUGG